AUGGCCGAUUCGCCAGCGCCUCCCCCGCUCAGCGAUAUUAAGGAGGAGACAGCUUCUGGAACUCUUUCACGCAGCGCUUCCCAACCGACCCUUUACGCACUUGAUUCAGUCCCUAAUCCCGCAAAUGCACCUACCCAUGGUGACCAGCAUCAUGCAUGCCCACCCGUGGUGGCUAAACCCAAGAUGCGACCAAGGGGAAACUCUUCUGUCUCCCAUGUCGAUCUCGAGUUCUUCGAUCCUUCUGGUGUCCAGGAGCUCCGCCAUACGAUGACGCACGAAAAUGUCAAUCAGCCAUCAGGGAAGCCAGGGUCGAGAGCGUCAACUGAUAGCUCCGAGGCGACGCUUAAUAUUGGCGCUGGUGACCAACCGUUUGAUUUCGAGAAGACGUUAAAGCGCGUCAUCAGGAAGCGUGAAGAAGCGGACAUCAAACCUCGUACUUUGGGUGUUGUUUUUCGCGACCUUAAAGUUGUAGGCAAAGCCGCUUCGGACUCCUUCCAACCCACCUUGGGAUCGCUUUUCAAUCCGGUCGUCAUCCUCGAGCAAAUCCAGAAAGCAAGGCACCCGACAUUGCGUAACAUCCUCACCGGAUUCGAGGGUGUUGUUAAACCCGGCGAGAUGUUGCUUGUCCUUGGUUCGCCAGGAUCAGGUUGUUCAACCCUCCUAAAAACUCUCGCUAACCAAACGGACGAAUAUUAUGCCGUGUCUGGCGAGCGUCACUACGAUUCCAUUACCCCGACUGAACUUGCAAACCACUUCCGCGGCGAUGUACAAUACUGCCCUGAAGAUGAUGUUCACUUUCCUACACUCUCUGUGCAACAGACAAUUGAAUUUGCGGCGAAGAGCCGCACACCACGCAGCCGGGUUGGGUCCACGACGCGCAAGGAGUUUGCAGACUUCGUGACCAAUAUGCUUGCAACCAUUUUUGGACUCAGGCAUACAUUGACGACGCCGGUGGGGGACGCGGCAAUCAGAGGCGUAAGUGGUGGGGAGAAGAAGCGGGUGUCGAUCUCGGAGGCGUUGGCGUCUAGGGGUUGUAUUGGUGCUUGGGAUAAUUCGACAAGAGGUCUCGAUGCGAGCACUGCGCUCGAAUUUGUGCGCGCGUUGCGUAUCGCAACAGACACCUUCGACUCGACGACAAUCGUAUCAAUCUAUCAAGCCGGCGAGUCAUUAUACGAGUAUUUUGACAAGGUAUGCGUAAUCUACGAAGGACGCAUGAUUUACUACGGAGCUGCGAGCGAGGCCAAGGCGUAUUUCUUGGAGAUGGGUUAUGAACCCGCAAAUCGUCAAACAACUCCAGAUUUUCUCGUCGCCGUGACGGACCCCAAUGCUCGCAUUCCGCGUCGCGACUACACCCCACCACGCCCGCUUCCGCGCACGGCUGCCGAGUUCGCUGAAUAUUUCCUCCAGUCGAGCCGCGGCAAAACGAACAAGGGAGAGAUACAGGCGUAUUUGGACGAGCAGGUAGGUAAGCAGGAGAAGAAGGAGGCGUAUAUGCAAAGCGCGUACGCCGAGUUUGCAAAGAGAAGUCCUAAGUCCAACCCAUACCUGCUGAGCAUCCCACAGCAAGUCGCGAUUGUCAUGAAACGACGCUGGCAAAUCAUUCUCGGCAAUCCACUGGCAACGGGUCUUAACCUGUUUUCCUUCGUCUUCCAGGGUAUUAUCAUCGGCUCAGUGUACCUUAACUCUGCCGAAGCAACCUCAGCGUACUUCUCUCGAGGAGGUGUGCUGUUCUUUGCGCUCCUGUUCUCAGCACUGGCAACGAUGGCCGAGAUACCGGCGCUGUAUUCGCAAAGGCCAAUUGUGCUAAGACAUCAAAAGGCGGCCCUAUAUCAUCCGUUUGUAGAGGCUCUUGCGCUAACACUAGUGGACGUACCGAUUUCGUUGGUUACUUCAGUCGUGUUUUCAAUCAUCUUGUAUUUUAUGGUUGGUUUACAGAGAACUGCUAGCCAAUUCUUCAUCUUUUUACUCUUCCUGUUCACGAUGACUAUCGCAAUGAAAGGAUGGUUCCGCGGUAUCGCAGCUGCUUUCCCAUCAGAAGCGGCUGCACAGAGUUUUGCCGGUAUCUCAGUUCUAGCCCUUUCCAUCUAUACUGGAUACACUAUUCCUAAACCAACAAUGAUUGGUGCUCUGAGGUGGAUCACUUACAUUAAUCCUCUGAAAUACGGUUUUGAAGCGAUUAUGACUAACGAAUUCUCAACACUAAAUGGAACCUGCUCCGUUCUCGUCCCACAUGGACCAGGUUACGAAAAUAUCACACUCGCGAACCAAGUCUGCGCCACCGUUGGUGCUGUCCCUGGUGAAGCGACUGUAGAUGGCAACAACUUCGUGCUUCUAUCAUAUGGCUUUAAACACUCGAACCUGUGGAUGAACUUUGGAAUUGUUAUCGCUUUUUUGGUCGGGUUUGUAGGUGCCUACCUAUUGUUUACGGAGGUGAAUACAAAAUCGGCGGCUGUGCGCGCAACGGUACUGUACCGGAGAGGGGCAAUCAUCAAGAAGUCCACAAGGGCCGAAAAUGUGCAGGAUGAGGAGAUGAUGGACGUGCUGGAUGAGAAGCCGCCUAAUACACCAAUCUCUCCCAAGUCUUUUGAAGCCUCACAUACUCCUGCUGCUGUUACUGCUGAGGAGAAAAGUGACGGGGUCAUCAGGCACUCAGACGUAUUUUCCUGGAGAAACAUCAACUACACUGUUCCAAUUCCGGGUAAAGAGGAUCGUCUGUUGCUUUCGAAUGUGUCGGGAUAUGUAGCGCCUGGCAAGUUAACUGCGCUCAUGGGCGAGUCAGGGGCCGGAAAAACGACAUUGUUGAAUGUAUUAGCUAUGCGCACGGAUACAGGUGUAGUUACGGGCGAUCGGUUUGUGAAUGGUCAAAGUUUGCCCGCGGAUUUCCAGUCACAAUCGGCUUAUUGCCAACAAAUGGAUACACAUAUGCCCUUGCAGACCGUCCGUGAAGCACUUUUAUUCUCGGCCAAACUUCGUCAACCAACUUCUGUCCCUCUCGCUGAAAAGGAGGCUUACGUUGAAAAAUGUCUCACUAUGUGUGGUCUCGAGGAAUAUGCAGAAGCCACGGUGGGCUCGCUUAGUAUUGAACAUCGCAAGCGCACGACGAUUGGCGUCGAGCUGGCUGCGAAACCUAAGCUCCUGCUGUUCUUGGACGAACCGACCUCUGGGCUUGACUCCCAGAGUGCAUGGGCAAUCAUGGAUUUCUUGAGGACCCUUGCAGAUAAUGGACAGGCAAUUCUUUGCACUAUUCACCAACCUUCGGCGGAGUUAUUCCAGGUUUUCGAUCGGAUGCUUCUUCUGAAGAAGGGAGGCAAGACAGUCUACUUCGGCAACAUCGGACACAAUGCGACUACGUUGAUUGAGUAUUUCGAAAAAAACGGCGGGAGGAAGUGUCUUCCUCACGAAAAUCCUGCUGAAUACAUGCUCGAUGUCAUCGGUGCAGGCGCAACAGCGACGAGCGAUUUGGAUUGGUAUGAAAUUUGGAAAAAAUCGCAAGAAGCUGUAAAGCUGCAGGAAGAGAUCGAUGCGAUCCAUACUGAGGGCAGGAACCGUCCAGCAGUGACAACAGAGAUUCACAAUGAAUUUGCGACGCCAUGGGGCUAUCAAGUGAAGGAACUGUUUAAGCGUAAUGCGAGCUCUUUCUGGAGGGAUCCAGACUAUCUCAUGGCGAAGCUGGUGCUAAAUGCUAUUGGAGGACUGUUCAUUGGCUUUACAUUCUUCCAGGCCAAGGACAGUCAACAGGGUACUCAGAAUAAGCUUUUCUCGAUCUUCAUGGCUACAAUUUUGAGUGUUCCAUUGGCAAAUCAGCUUCAGGUCCCCUUUAUCAACACACGUACAAUCUACGAGAUCCGUGAACGUCCCAGUAGGAUGUACAGCUGGACCGCGCUCAUCACGUCGCAGAUAAUGAUCGAGGUUCCUUGGAACGUCUUCGGUUCUAUCAUUCUUUUUUUCUGUUGGUACUGGACUGUUGGAUUCGAGACUUCGAGAGCGGGAUACACGUUUUUGAUGUUGGUCAUUGCCUUCCCGCUUUACUUCACCACAUUUGGACAGGCCGUCGGUGCCAUGGCGCCGAGUGCGGAGAUCGCUGCGCUUCUGUUCUCUUUCCUGUUCUCAUUUGUCAUUACUUUUAAUGGCGUUGUUCAACCUUUUAGCCAACUUGGAUGGUGGAAAUGGAUGUACCGUUUAUCCCCAUACACCUACCUUAUCGAGGGUCUCUUGGGUCAAGCCCUUGGUCACCAAGAGAUCAAUUGUUCCCCAGUUGAGUUUGUGAAAGUCAACCCACCCGACGGUCAAACCUGCGAAGCAUUCUUAACUGCCUACAUCUCCAUGGCGGGUGGAUAUGUGGCAAAUCCCCAGGCUACCUCCGCUUGUGAAUUUUGCAGCAUGCGAACUACAGACCAAUUCCUUGGCGCCGCUUUCAACAUCUUUUACGAUAACCAUUGGCGAAACUUUGGUAUCUUCAUGGCUUUCAGCGUUUUCAAUAUUUUCCUUAUCUACAUUCUCACUUAUCUUUUCCGCAUCCAUAAAGGGCCACUCCUCCCCUCCUUGAGGCGCAAGACUUCAACGAACUAG